UUGGAACAAGCACAGGGAAGCGGCUCGCCCUAUUUGCUGGAUGCUGCGGCUGCGUCAGUUUGCUCGUCUGAGGCUACCGGACUGGCCACCGCCCUCGGCAUCGCAGGGCCAGGAAGAGGGGGGCCCGCGGGCAGGUCUUCGUAGGAAAGGGGGAUCUCUGCCCGAGAGGAACCGUGGGACGAUGGUGCAGCUGGUCGUGUCCCGCGAUGGGGUUGGAGGUCUGGCGGAGUGGGUGCUGAUGGAGCUCCAAGGCGAGCUGGAAUCGCGAUCUGGGGCUGGCCUAGCAGGGAGGCUCUUGGGGGACCUGCAUUACACCAAAGAGGGAGUCCCUGUGCUCAUUGUGGGGCACCACAUCCUGUAUGGUAAAGUUGUGCAUCUAGAGAAGCCCUUUGCCGUCCUUACCAAGCAAGCAGUGGCUGGGAGCGAGUCAAGCUUGGGACCAGGCCACUACUCAGUCACUGCCCUGAUAAAGAAGAAGCUGCUCUUCAAAACCCGCCCCAAGCCCAUCAUCACCAAUGUGGCCAAGAAAGCGUGAGGAUGCUGCAGCCCACCUCCAAGCACACUGGUGCCUCGUUCGCAUGGAGGAAGGUCUGCCUACUUCCUUGCAGAGUGCCAGGGACUGUGCCGAAAGCGACAAAUCCUGUCCACUAAGCCAGCUUGUUGGAAUUCAGUGCCUUUCGUUCUGGGUUAUGCAGUCUGUUAUGUGAACCCAGCCCUUGGGAGAACUGCCUUAUCUCAGAGGCCAGCCUUUGUGGGACUAAAGCCAGUGUCUGGGACAAUCCAGCACCCAUGCCCAGUAUGUUCAAAUAGCCAGUGCUUUCCCCAAGAGCAGCUCAGCUGUGGGAUUCAACCCGGUGUCUUUGCUAAAGUGCUGAGCCCCUUGCCCCAAAAUCCAGAGCCCACUGAACAAAUAAAAGUUAUUGGGACACCUGAGUAAUAUUAGCCAGAUCUUCAUCCCAGGGAUGGAGGACUCUGCUCUGGGUUUCUGCUUAGAUCCUUUCCCAAAGGCUGGUGACCAUUGCUAACCUGAUGUCCUCUGGACUAACACUCCCACCAGUUCUAGUCAGCACUGUUGACUCUCUACAGUUAUCUCCUGCAGAAACUCAAGCCUCAUUAUGGUCCGGGCUGGUCACUUAGUUCUUCCAGGGUUCUUGAUUCCAUUCUUCAAGGAGCUCAGCACUCUUGGAGACCAUAGCAUUGUGCUUUUUGCCUUGGGUUCCCGGGGUGGGGAGCUCAGCUGUUGCUAAAGUGCCUUUUGAGAAAUGGGGUUCUCUUUCUCAGACACUAGGAGAUGAUUAGGUUCUGUUCUGCCUUUAUUUUCUGUCUCUAAGACAUUUUGGGGGAGGGGGGUGACUAUUGAAAUCCAGUUCUUUGGGGAGGUCUUGUUGGCAAAUAGGAAAUCAGAAUGGCUGAAAGGGAAAUAAGGCUGAAAUUUCCUGCCGAUUUCAGCUAGCUUAGACCUGGUUCUUUGCCCCUGCCAGUGUCUUCCUCCCACCCCACUCAGAUUGUGUGCACGUUGGUGAAGGGAGUGGAUGGGCAGAAAAAGUCCCAAAUAUACUCUAGACCAUCUUGUUUGCAAGGUAUUUUUUAUUGUAACAAAUGCAUCAUAGUAAAAAAAACCAAACAACCUUUAUAAAAAAUAUGAAAAUGCAGGUAAAAAAUAAAUAGGUUUACAAAUAA